AUGACGUGGCAGCACAUGGUGUCUGGACCCUUCGGUGGAGAUUGUAAACAUUUGAGGUUUUUGAAUCUUGGAUUCUUGGAUUCUUGGAUUCUUGGAUUCUUGGAUUCUUGGAUUCUUGGAUCAGAAAUCUCAGAAUCUCAGAAUCUCAGAAUCUCAGAAUCUCAGAAUCUCAGAAUCUCAGAAUCUCAGAAUCUCAGAAUCUCAGAAUCUCAGAAUCUCAGAAUCUCAGAAUCUCAGAAUCUCAGAAUCUCAGAAUCUCAGAAUCUCAAAAUUUCAGAAUCUCUUAGAAUUCCCAGAACCCAUUUCAUCAGAAUCUGA